GUCCGCUUCGAGGAGGGCGCCGUGUUCCUGGCCGCCUGCUCCAGCGGCGACACCGAGGAGGUGAAGAGGCUGCUGGGCCGCGGCGCCCGCAUCAACACCACCAAUGUGGACGGGCUGACAGCCCUGCACCAGGCCUGUAUUGAUGAGAACCUGGACAUGGUGAAGUUCUUGGUAGAAAAUGGAGCCAAUGUGAACCAGCAAGACAAUGAGGGCUGGACCCCUCUUCAUGCAGUGGCGUCGUGUGGCUACUUGAACAUAGCAGAGUUCCUGAUCAGCCACGGGGCCAACGUGGCUGCUGUCAACAGCGAGGGGGAGGUCCCGUCCGACAUCGCCGAGGAGGCGGCCAUGAAGGACCUGCUUCUGGAGCAAGUCAAGAAACAAGGUGUAGACCUAGAGCUGUCAAGGAAAGAAGAGGAGCAGCAAAUGCUCCAGGAUGCCCGGCAGUGGCUGAACAGUGGGAAAAUUGAGGAUAUAAAGCAGCCUCGGACAGGAGCCACAGCUCUUCAUGUUGCUGCAGCCAAGGGCUAUUCUGAAGUCAUGAGGCUCCUGAUCCAGGCUGGGUUUAAUUUGAACGUCCAGGACAAUGAUGGCUGGACUCCACUCCAUGCUGCUGCUCACUGGGGAGUGAAGGAAGCGUGUUCCAUCCUGGCUGAGGCUCUGUGUGACAUGGACAUCAGGAACAAGCUGGGCCAGACGCCCUUUGAUGUUGCUGACGAGGGACUUGUGGAGCAUUUAGAAAUGCUGCAGAAGAAACAGACUGUGCUGCGAAGUGAGAAGGAGACAAGGAAUAAGCUGAUUGAAGCUGACAUGAAUGGGAAGCCUCAAAACAGAUUCUUCACCAACAAAGAGAAGAUUCUUUAUGAGGAAGACACAAUGAAGUCCGUGGAAGCUGAGGAAGAGAACAAGGACUCGAGCAGUUCUAGUUCUGAAGAGGAAGAAGCUGAAGAUGAAGUUUCAGAAUCAGAUGCUGAAAAGGAGUCAGAGAGAAAGGAAGAGCCCUUUGCCAACCACUCCAGCCGUGAAUCCAGGCCCAGCAUCACUGAGCAAAUGGCACCACCUGAGCCAAACUCCUUCACUGCGUCUGCCAGAAGAUUCAGUUGGCUCAGCAAGUCAGAUGAGCAGAAGGAUGAAUCACCUUCGUCCUGGAGGCUGGGCCUGAGGAAGACUGGCAGCCACAACAUGCUGAGUGAAGUUGCUGCCACUCGUGAGGCACAGAGGGAUAAAACUUCUUCCAUCUAUCGCUCCUCAUCCAGCCCUCGGAUAUCUGCGCUGUUGGACAACAAGGAAAAGGACAGAGAUAACAAGAGUUAUCUUGCCACCAUAGUCCCCAGAAGACUGAGCAGUACGAGUGAUAUAGAAGAAAAAGAAAACAGAGAAUCUGCAGUGAACCUGGUGAGGAGUGGCUCCUACACCCGGCAGCCCUGGAGAGAUGAGCCAAAGGGAAACGAAGCUCCCCACUCUGGUGCCCCCACUACCUACGUAUCCACCUACUUGAAAAGUGCUUCAUUUGGUAGAAGUAGUGACCCGAGCAGUCCCUACAUUUCAGCCAGUUGCAGUCCAUCUCUAGCUACCUCACCCACUGCCAUUGGCUCAUCUACCUCCCUGGGCACCCCGUGGCAAGCUGUCCCUUGCUGUCCCCCAUCUCUCGGUGUGAGCACUCCUGCUUCAGCCCGCCACAGCACCAGAGCCCCUUUCAGGCAACAAACUGAUUCUGCUGUAGAGAAAAACGCAGAGGGCAGCUGUGGCAGCACCCCUCUAGGUGUAAUCACAAACCGUGCUGUGCUCGGCGCUGCCAACGGCACCGGGAAUGCCGGGGCUGCCUCCGCCCUGGGAAAGGAGCUCUCUGCUGAGGAGCCCAGGGAGCGCAGAAGGUCAUAUCUGACUCCGGUGCGGGAUGAGGAAGCAGAAUCCCUGAGGAAGGCACGAUCCAGACAGGCCCGGCAGACCCGCAGGUCUACCCAGGGCGUGACGCUGACGGAGCUGCAGGAGGCCGAGCGCACGUUCAGCCGCUCGCGCGCCGAGCGCCAGGCGCAGGAGCAGCAGAGCGACACAGCCCAGGACAGCGGCGACCGGCCCGAGAGCCGCGGCCGCUGGGGCAGGAGCACAGAGGACGAGACCGUGUAUCGGCGACUGAGGGGCCCAGCCCAGCCUGACAAACCCACAACACCUGUGUCUCCUUCCACAGCAGCACCUCUGCUCUAUACAAGUUCAUACCUGACUCGAACAAAUAAAUAUCUAGGGCUGGACUCAGUGAAUCCAGCAGAUUUCAGAGCGGCAGCCACAGAGAUGGAGAAAAAUGAGUGUGAAGAUCAGGAUUCAGACGACAGAUCCCUGAACAAGCAGUCGAUCCGAGAGCGGCGACGACCAAAGGAGAGACGGAGAGGCACCGGCAUCAUCUUCUCAACACAGGAUGAUGAUGAUGAAGUUGAUGGAAAUGAAGAAGUGAAGGAAACUCGGCAUGAGAGACUUUCCAGGUUGGAAGCAGCUACAAACCCCAGCACGAGUGAGUCCUACAGCGACCGUGCCUCCAGCCGCUCCAGUGCCUACAGCCGCAGGGAGAACCGGCUCGCCGCCCUCAGCAGCCGGCCAGAGGACGAGAGCAACAGGGACUAUAAGAAAUUAUAUGAGAGUGCCCUGUCUGAAAAUCAAAAGCUGAAGUCAAAGCUGCAAGAAGCCCAGCUUGAGCUGGCUGACAUCAAAGCAAAGUUGGAAAAAGCAACCCAGCAGAAACAGGAGAAAACUUCUGACCGGUCCAGCAUGCUGGAGAUGGAGAAGAGGGAGAAGCGAGCCCUUGAGCGGAAACUCUCUGAAAUGGAGGAGGAAAUGAAGAAUCUCCACCAGCUCAAACAGAUUCACACUCUGAGGCAGAUGAAUGAGCAGCUGCUGGCUGAGAACAGGGCUCUGACCCGGGUGGUAGCCAGACUUUCUCUGCCUGCCAAGCCCUCGGAAUCAGAGGAGCUGUAGCUGCUUUCCCUCCGGCUCAUCUUGCCUCCCUCUUCCACUCUUCCAGGCAGGUCUCCUCUCCCUGGCCAGGCACUUCUCGCUCUCUCCCUGCACUCCAGGGUGGCUGGUGAAGCUUGUGGCCAAAAGCUUGUGCCAAAGGAUGUCCAAACUCUGCGAGCUUGGUGCUGCUGCCACGGCAGGGCUCUGCUCACCCUGCUGCCUCCUGCUCUGCUUGGCAGAUGCUGCUGCCCUUGCUAGCUUAGCACUGGGAAAUGGCUUUGGGGUGGCUUGGCAGUGCCAGCAGCUCCUUGCCUGGUACUUUGCCUUCAGACAGACCCACAGAAUGGUUUGUGUUGGAAGGGGCUUUAAAGCUCAUCUCAUUCCACCCCCUGCCACGGGCAGAGACACCUCCCUCUGUCACAGGUUGCUCCAAGCCCUCUCCAGCCUGGCCUUCAACACUUGAAAAUAGGUGGUUUAUGCUACAUGUAAUAGAAUUCUUUUUAAUUGUACUUAGUUCAGGGAGAAGCUGGCACUCAGAAAAUCAGAUUAUCCAAAGUCAGGAAAUUUUCAAGGAAGUUGUGAAAAGCGAACAUUUUAGACAGAAAGAGGAUUUUUACAAAAACUACAAACCGAGCUGUCCUCAGAAGGUUUUCUUGGUCACUUGAACAAAAAGGACAAGCUCAUUUCUUUAUUUUAAACUGAAAUUUUUGAGUCCACAGGCUCAGCACCCCACCCUGCCUGCUGUGGGCUGGCACAGGGUGGGGGAUGCAGCAGGAGCCAGACCAGGAGCGCUCUGAUUUCAUCUUCUGUUUUAAAUCCAGUGCAGGACAAUUCAUGUUUGUAACCCAAGGAUGCAUCUUCCUUAAGCUUUGCCCUCACACAUCACACAGUUAAAUUAUGUCUCUUCCUGCUACUUCAUUGGUUCAAUGCUAAAGUAAAGCUGUAAAUGUUCCUUUCUUGGGGCCCUACCUGUCCUUUGCAGGUUAAGAGGGAUAUUCAUAUCCCUUCAGACACAAGAAGUCAUGUGCUCUUGUGGGCUGGAAGUGGCACUACAGAAUAAAAAAAAUCUAUUCUUAGCACACAAAUUAUAUCAAGGCUGAUUAACCAUAGAAACAAACUAAUCAGGGGAAUUGUGGCUUCCCCUUUCCAGGAGUCUCAGCUCAAUCCCACACAAGAGCUGGGAGAGUUGGGUGUCAUGUUGUGUGCCCUGGGGUAGGCAGAUGGUCAGUGAAAGAAUCUCCCAGCCUUUCUGGUUUUAAUCUGUGGUCCUGUCCUCCAGCCUGACCCUGCCUCAUUUCUUCUCAUACACCGUGAGUUUAAUUCAUUCUCCUUCCCCACACGCCUUGAGACCUGAGAGGGAAAAUUGGGCAAAAUUAUUUCCAGACUCAGCUGAUGUUUCACAAAGUGCAAUUCACCUCUGCUGCUCCCAGGACGUGCCCAUGUUAUCUGUGUCCCUCCAUCCUCCCUCUGCCCUGGCUGAGGUUCAUCCUCCCCUCCUCACUCACAGCAAGGGGAGAGCCAUGGGCUGUGAGCUCUGCUGACUGAUUUUCAACUCUUUUAGUAGGCCUGACACAGGAUGGUGCUGGUAUGUGUGAACUCUGCCUCAGUGGUGUCUGUGGCCACCACAGCUGUGCAGUGAUUUACCGGUUAACCAGUGAUGUACUGGUUUACCAGUGAUGUACUGGUUUACCAGUGAUGCACUGGUUUACUAGUGAUGUACUGGUUAACCAGUGAUGUACUGGUUUAAGCUCUGCCAGAUGUACCGUGCUCUCUCCAGUGAAUCUCAUUUUCCUGAACCCACAUUAUUUCUUGAGGAGCCAAAGUGUCCCAGGUAACACAGCCCUGCCAUUCCCUGGGGCUGGGCCACAUCACCAUUCCUGUGAGACAUCUGUAAACAUGCUGGAAACUUCCAGCCCUUCCAGCCUGUUCCCCUGGGCUUCAUUUCACCUGACCUGAGGCUAAUUUCCCUGGCAGGGAGGAACACCGUCACCUUGUGUUAUGCUGAUGUGUAGCUUUCAGGAAGCCUCUCUGGGCACUGGUGGAUCGAGGUUAUGACCAGAAAACAUGUCCAGAGGCAUUUAUUCCACAUGUUCUCACACUCCUUCAGUUUCAAAUAAGUGACACAGGUCACACAGAUCCCCCUGUGAGGCAGAGCUCUGUCAGGCUCCAGCUGAGCCCUGGCACUGGGGUGUUCUCUCUGCUGUAAUUUCUGGGAACCUGUGACACAUUCUCACUACCAAAACAAGUGUCAGGACCUCACAUGUCCUUUAUCCCAGCAAUGGGCACUGCAGAGCUGCCCCAGGCAGAGACAGGGGCCUGACAGGACUGCCUGGGAUGAGCUGGGAGGCACCAGCUCAGGAGGAAACAGAGGAGUGCAGAGGGCUCUGCUGUGUCUGUGAGCUCCUGAUCACUUUGGUGAUGGUGAUUCCUCUUCUUUGGCCAUGAGGAAUGGCACAAGGGGCCAUUGUGCUGUUCUGGUGAUACAGCCAUGGUGAUACACCAGCACUGGGUCCAGGGAGGCACACUCAGCAUCACUGGCCAACCCAGCACAAGGAUUUCCCCUUUCCACAACAUCCUUCCUCCCCCUCUAAGAAACUUCCCACCUGAAACAUCCAGCACCAGGGAUGGAGUUGGGUGUGUUAGGUCACAGCCAUGGCACGAAAUUGCUCUGCUGGGAGCUGGUUCUGCUCCAGGAGCUGCCCACACUCAGAGCUGGUGACCAUGGAGGGACUGCAGGUGGAGGGUGGCAGAACACUGUGCUCAGACCUGAAAUAGCAGCUUAGGAGGAGAUUUAGUGCAGAAUUUUAAUUUGAGGGAAUUCCUCCAAAAUGCUCCUUGGCAGGCUGAAGUGGAGCUCACACAGGUACUGUGUGUGUGAUCCCACUCUGGGUGCCCCUGUGAUCACCCUGUGAUCUGCUGGCACCCAUGCUGGGAGUGACCCCUUGUGUGUCACACCCCAGACAGGAGCAGGGGGUCUCCUGGUGCCCAGCAGCUGGAACAGCCCACGGGAGGUCACUCCCUGCAGCUCAGAAAGUCAGCAGGGUUUAUGACAGUGGGAAAUGCUGGAAGGGUCCUGUGGAAGCUCUUUCUUCUGUUCCCAAAGGUUUUUGUCUCUGUUGCAACCUCACUUGAGCACCCAGGAGGUAUCCCCAGUGUCAUUGUGUUCUACCAGUCCUCUGGCCUUGGCACCUGGGACUGUGUUACACAUCUGUGGGGUCCCAAGGAGAUUUGGGGUAUUCUAAAGAUAAUCUGGCAAGGUCCAGUCCCAAGUGAAGAUUCCAGACCUUUGGUUUCCUUCUAGUCCUGGCAAAAUGGAUAAAGCAUAUCAGAAACAGCAGCUUUACUGUUGUCUGGUGGGCUGUAUUCAGCCUCUGGGCACAGGUUUGGGGUGAAACAACCCAGAAAUGGUUCCUGCCCUGCCAGCCUGGCGCUGAGCUGCUGCUGGGGCUGUGUCCUUGCUUCGCACCAGGGGCUCCCUGCCUCGGGGCUCCCUGGCUCAGCGCUGUGCUCGAGGCCCCUCUCUCCCCUCUUGCCUGGCAGCUUCUCAAAGCUCUGGAGGUGCUGCAGAGCCCUGGAACUGUGCUGGGUGGAGGGGCUGCCAUGUCCCCUCUGCCCCCCCGAGCCCCUCUGAUCCUGCCUUGUCUUCGUCUCU